UGCAUUAGGUUUGAUCUGUGUGUGUUUGUGAGAUGGCAGAAGCCAGUAUAUCAUGGGCUCAAGAUCAGUUCAGAUGUUCAGUAUGUUGGGAUCUCCUGAAGGAUCCAGUGACUGUUCCCUGUGGACACACUUACUGUAUGAGAUGUAUCACAGACUGCUGGGAUCAAGAGGAUCUGAGAGGAAUCUACAGAUGUCCUGAAUGCAGAAAGACCUUCAGUCCACGACCUGUUUUAUGGAAGAAUGUGGUGGUCGCUGAGAUGGUGGAGAAACUGAAGAAGACAAGAACUGAAGUUAGUGGAGAUGUGAAGUGUGACACCUGUACUGGAAGAAAACUCAAAGCCAUCAAAUCCUGUCUGAUGUGUCUGAACUCUUACUGUCAAACUCAUCUUGAUCAACAUGAGAAUUUCUUCAGAGGUAAAAGACACAACUUGAUAGAAGCCACCGGACAACUGCAGGAGAUGAUCUGCUCUCGACAUGAUAAAAUGAUUGACAUGUACUGCCGAACUGACCAGCGAUGUAUUUGUAUGUUGUGUAUGGUGGAUGCACACAGAAAUCAUGACACUGUAUCCAUAUCAACAGCAAGCACAGAGAAACAGAAUGAAGUUCAUCAGAAGAUCCAGGAAAGAGAGAAAGAUCUUCAGAAGCUCAGAGAGACGGUGGACUCUUAUAAGAGAUCUGCACAGACAGCAGUGGAGGACUGUGAGAUGAUAUUUACUCAACUGAUCUCUGAAGUAACACAACUGAUCAGAGAUCAGGAGAAGACUGCAGUGAGUCGAGCUGAAGGACUUUUGGAGGGACUGAAGCAGGAGAUUGAAGAUUUAAAGAGGAAAGAUGCUGAAAUAAAGACGCUUUCACAAACACAAGAUCACUUUCAGUUUCUUCAGAGUUUCCAGUCUCUUUCUCUCUCUGGAUCUACAGAAAACUUCAAUAUCACUCCCGACGUCUCUUUUGAUGCUGCUAUGAAAUCUAUCACUCAGUACAGAGAGAAACUGCAGCGUUUCUGCAGAGAAGAGAUGAAGAAGAUUUCUGUGACAAACACCCAGAUGAGUUUGAUUGCUGAACCCAGAAACAGGAGGGAAUUCCUGCAAUGUUUCCAUCAGUUCACACUGGAUCCAAACACAGGCAAAUUAUGGUAUUAAACUGUCCGAGUGGAAUAAAGCGGGUACACUCGUAACUUCACGCCAGCCGUAUGUGGAUCAUCCUGACAGAUUUGACAGGUGGACCGAGGUUUUCUGCACAGAAGGUGUGAAUGGCCGCUGUUAUUGGGAGGUAGAGUGGAGUGG